AUGCGCUUCUGGCAAUUUCGUUUGCUGGUCAGUGCAAACACUCCAUCUACAGCGGCUGCAGGCAGCACUGCCAACUGGUGCUAUCUGGACAAUCACCAGUUGCAAUCGAUUGGGCGUUUGGUCAACCCGCUGUUUGGAACCAAUGAAAACGGCCAAGAUGGCGAGCCACAAAAGAGGAACUUCAGUGUCGCCCCAGUGUGCAAUUACGAUAACGCCAUUGUCUGUCGCACAACCAGGCACACGUCAGCAGCGUGGGCGGAUAAUCUCUAG